UUUGUUUACAUGCUGACGUCCAUCCUCUCCUUAUUAUUCCCAGUGUUACUCAGAUUCACGUGAGUCUGUGACAUCGGGGGGGAGUUACUGCUUCUCAUAUCAUUUGCAGCUCUUUGGAUUCCUGUUGACAAGUAUUUCUUGUUUGGUACAGUGUUGUCUCGAGAACAAAGAAUUUGACGUAUAGUUAACCAGAUACUGUACAUCCAAAGAUGUCAGAGAAGCCACCUCCAUACAACCCAUAUGUUGGACCUACACCAGGGCCUCCAAUGGGUCCACCUCCUCCAUAUCAGCAGAUGCCACCAGCUCCUCCCCCAGCAGGGUUUUUUCCUACUCAUCCUGGAAGCUCUAGCACGACAAUAAUCACUACUCAGCAGCCUUCCUAUGGUGCUGUUCCUGUUGUUGUCAACCCAGUUCGAGCCACCGAUGUGAUUGUUAUUGGAGGAUGUCCUGCAUGCAGGGUUGGUGUACUGAAUGAGGACUUUACUCUCGCAGGCUUAUGUUGUGCAUUUUGGUUCUUCCCAAUUGGAAUUCUCUGCUGUUUGGCCAUGAGGGAACGCCGCUGCAGCAAUUGUGGAGCUUGUUUCACAUAGGUUUGAGAAACAUUUCGGGUGUAUUCAUGAACUAGGUAAAGAAUUACUUGAAUUGAGGUUGGAUAUAAUUAGAGAAUUUCUUGCCAAUGUGCUCAUUAUUUUUCAUAACUGCUUAUAGAGAGGUUUUAUGAGUGAAGUUAUUCUUACUACAAUAGUAGUCUUAUGGAGAAAAUUAUGAAGAGAAGAAUAUGGCAGGGUGUCAAUGUCUUAAUUAGUUUAAACUAGUUGACUUUAAGGAAGUACUGUAAUAGUAUCCAUUCUCAUGUUUAUGAACCAGAACUGGGCAAGCUUUCUUAGUUUAUUACCAUGUCUUGGGUAUAUUGUAGUAAUCAUCAUAAUCAUGUUUGAAUUAAUUUAAAGUAAAUAUCUAAUCAUAGAGGAAAUUUUGAAAGAUGUUGAAUGUAAUUCUAUAUUAAUAGCACUAUGUUGAUGGGCCCCUCAGGUCUUGGAGAGGUACUGCCAUAGAUCAGUUUAUGACUGAGGGUACCGAGUUGUACCAUGUCUUGUAAUAUGCAUAAACUGUGCCUAAUAGGAAUUUGAGCUUCCUUCUUGUUGCUUUUGAGGUUGUCAAUAAUAAUAAUAAUAAUAAUAAUAAAAUAAUAAUAUUAAAAGGAUAAACUUGAUUGAAGGUUAUUUUUCUUUCUGUUUCAAAUGUCACUUACAUUUGUAAGGAAGAUAAUUAACAGCUGCAUCCUUUGUUGUUAAUAAAGGUUGUAAAAUGUUGCACAAUUUUUACAAUAAUUAUGGUGGCAGACAAUUAGACUGCUAUGUAUACUCAACUCUCUUAAAGCUCUUUGAUUUCUUGGGAAAUGCUUUCUCAUGUUUUAGUUUUAAUUAUUAGCAAUAUUACUUGCAUAUAGUGAUCUUUUUAUAUAGUUUGCAUUUAUGAUCUGUAUUUUUGUUAAUUUGAUGGAGGAAUUGAUUAGCACUGUACUGUGUCAAGGCAUUCUUUUUACUAUUUUCACUUAAUAGGUACAGUAGCCGAGCUAUUUGAUGGGCAUAUUAAAUUCUGAAUAAUUCUUGGUUAAUAGUGUAGCAUAUCUUAAGGUAGCUCAGGUGGAGAGGAAGAAUUAAAUUGGUUGUAUAAUUAGGUACAGAUCAUGAAUUUACAAAAUAAUAACUAUACAAUUUUUUGGUUGUAUGAAGUGACUGGCUCCUUGGGAAUGACUCGGGCUCUCAGCACAAGAGUUUGGGUAUAGUACUCAGCUGUCAAAUCACUAUUUGUCUACUGAAAUGUUUUCAUGACUUUUGGUAGCUGUAAAAAAUUAGAAUAUUAUUGAUGUUUCUGAACAGAAUAUGUUCAGUUACGUACUUAUGUUAAAAAUUGGAUGUAGAACGGUGCUUCUUUUUAUGCUAGUUACCAGAGUUGACAUAAAUAUUUAACAGGGGAGGCUAAAUGAGAUGAUGAAUUUUCUUGAAUGUUAAUGAUCCGCUGCUUGAAAUAGUUUCCUGUAACAUCUCCUAUUAGCGGGCCUUCAGUUUAGUGGAUACCUCUACGUGGUGGAUGGAUUUUGAUGUUAUUGUUGUCCAGCAUUAAAAAUAACUGAUUCAGUGAUUAGUGUUUUUCAUGGAAUUUAUAUGGUUUCAUUAACUUGAUGUGCCUGAUCUUAUUUUCUUUAUAAACCAGUUGACUGUUUUGAGAUUUUAAUUUUGUAGCAAACAAAUAACAGGAAAUGGUAAAGAUUAAAACAUUAAUGAUAUCGAUGUGACCUUUAGGCCAACCUGUGCAUGACAAGUUUGGGAUGUUCUGAUGGUACAGUACUGUAUUUAUGUGGUUGUUAAAAAAUAUUUAAGCAUUUGGAGAAUGUUAUCAGUAAGGAUUGUAUCACAGUGGUACUUUUUUUUAGCCUUGAUAUCAGAAUCAGUUGUUUGUUCUUGAACUUUACAAGCUUCCAUUUGUUUGCUUCUUAUACACUACAUUUUGUCAAUCAUUAGAGGAAUCAUAACUCAGCAUUUUACUUGCUGUUAAGGUUGUUUUAUCUUAUUCAUCUUUGCUCCCUUUUCCAAGUGAAUUUUGUACUUUUGAAGCAUUAGUGUAUUUUUAUCCACUUAUGUCUUCAAUGAUUAUUCUUUACAUUAUUUUCUAUGCACAUUUUAUAAAGUUGCUACUGCAGCUGUUUUCCCGUUAUUGUAUAAAAAUAUAGUUUAUAAUACGGCCCUCGGUGUUUUCAUCUGACUCUUUACUAUUGCAUAAACUAAACUGUUAAGAUAGAUUGCAUAUAAAAUCUGCUCAGUUUUAGUCAAGUGCUUAAAUAACUGAUUUUCACUAAAAGAAAAGUUAAUCCUGGAGCUGAUUGUUAAGAACCUUAAGAGAAUCUAUAUAUUUGGAUGAAGAAUUAUUCAUUCAUUCUUUAUAUAUUAAUGUAUAUUUUUUUAUUCAAUGGCUGGGGGGUUGGGAUCUAGACUUAAUGAAACUUAUGGUUUAUUUUGAAGAUCUUAUUAAGACAUGGUUUAAUGCUGUCUGGAGGAACUUUUUUUUUCACAGUGAAACCGAUGAAGAGGGUCUUUAUGUAAAUCUUAAACUUGAGAAAGACAAUUGCCACCUGAAUUAGUUUUUAAACACAUAUUAUGCACUGUGAUUUAUGAUUAUUUUUGUACAUAUGCUUCAUUAUUGUGUUUGACUUAAGCAACUCCCAGAUAUGUAUGAAUUCUGGUAACUUGAUCUUCAUUCACAAGUUUUGACCAAUCAUCUAUGAAGAGAAUUUCUGAUUUAUGAACUGAAGGAUAGAUUACUGGUGGCUAGCAAUCAAGGAAAGUAUUAUGGUUUAGCAUUAUGUAAUCCAUUUUCUUAUUUCUCCUAGUAUGUAUCAGGUAGCCUUAUGUUGCUGUAUAGGUUGAGAUGUUCAAUGGCAAGUAUUCACAUACUUAAACAAAUAUCUGUACACAUUCCUUCAUGCUUUUUUUUCUUUUGUGUAUGUGGAACUACUGUACAGUACAGUAUACUUCCUGCAUGAAUGGUGUCUUUUUUGGGUUGAAAAAUCAGUCUUGAGGGGGGUCUUCAGUUUCAAAAUAUAUAAACUGUAUCUGAAUAUGAUCUCCAUUCAAGUACUGUACAUGUUGAAUCACUUUUUAUUUGUAUAUUUUUUAUAUUUGGAAAACCACUGCAGCUUCUCUGGCUUAUCUUCCUUAUUGCAACUUAAUGAAGCAUUAGUUUUGUCACCAUAAUAAAAAUUUCAUGGACAAAAUUAUAUGACAACUGUAUGGAUUUAGCAUCGGAUAUACUGUACUACAAUGGGGGUUUUCCAGGUACAUUAUGUAUUGGGAUAUAUAUAUAUAUAUAUAUAUAUAUAUAUAUAUAUAUAUAUAUAU